AUGGAGAUCAUAAGAAACUCCACACAGUUUUCAUAUUUUACUCUUGGCGCCUAUGUUGACACACAGAUGUUUAAACAUUUAUAUUUCAUAAUUAUUUUGUCUCUGUAUAUGUUUACAGUUGGUUCCAACGUCCUGCUGAUUGUGGUUAUCUGUGUGAACAGAAGCUUACAUGAACCUAUGUACAUGUUUCUGUGCAGCCUGUUUGUGAAUGAGCUGUAUGGUAGUACAGGGCUGUUUCCGUUGCUCCUGCUUCAGAUCCUCUCUGAUGUUCACACUGUUUCUGCUCCUCUGUGCUUCCUGCAGGUUUUCUGUAUUUACUUAUAUGCAAGUGUAGAGUUUAGUAACUUAGCUGCCAUGUCUUAUGACAGAUACAUGUCCAUCUGUUAUCCUCUUCAAUAUCACACACUAAUGACGUCUAAUAAAGUUGCCCUUCUGAUAGCUGUGACAUGGAUACCUCCUUUACUUGCGGUUUGUGUCACAACAUGUCUGAGUGCUUCAUUGCAGCUAUGUGGAAAUGUCAUUAACAAAGUGUACUGUAACAAUCACUCCAUUAUCAAGCUGGGAUGUCACAGCACCACAGUUAAUAAUCUCUAUGAGCUCACUGCUGCCUCUGUCACAGUGUGUGUCCCAGUAUCUGUAAUCCUGUACACCUACACAAGGAUCCUGAAAAUCUGUUUUUCUGGAUCCAAACAGACCCGACAGAAAGCCAUCAGCACCUGCACGCCUCACCUCGCUUCUCUGCUCAACUUUUCUUUUGGGGUUUCUUUUGAAAUACUACAGAGCAGGUUUGAUAUGGCCCAUGUUCCAAACAUGCUACGGAUAUUUUUAUCAGUGUACUUUCUUACAUGUCAGCCCCUCUUCAAUCCUGUCAUGUAUGGCUUGAAUAUGUCCAAAAUACGGACCAUAUGUAAAAAUCUGCUCUUAGGUUCUGUUGGGAAGAGCAGGAUAUUUAUCAAAAUUGUUCAGAUUGAGAAAUAA